UGUGCAUGGAUGUGGGGGAUUCUUGGGGUUCCCUUGGGGUUUAGGUUUUGGGUUCUUUUGUAACGUGGAAGUUUCAGUUGUAUUGUAGGGGUCUCCUUUGUGGUUUGGGAUGGUAGGUGGGCGUGUGAUUUGGGGAGCUCCCGGAGAGACUUAGCAAAGUCAAGAAGCCAGGAGUGCCCGUGUUGGAGCCGGAAUGCCUGGGCUUUCGCCUUUCUCGAGUUCUUCCUACCUGUCUGACCCGCGAUUUGGGGUUAAACCUUUCUGUGCCUCAUCUGGACACUGGGACUAAUACACUGCCUGCUUCCUGGGGACCCGGGAGGAUUAGCAGGAAUUGUUAGAACAGUACCUUAUAAGCUCCACUGAGCCAUGCGCCUUGCAAUAAGCACGUGUCAUUGGUGAGGAUUCUUCGGGAGUGUUUGCGGGGGUGGUAUUUGGGGCUUUGGGAAAUACAUGGUUUGGAAUUAGUCUUAUGUGUUAGGGAGCUUUUAUGUUUUCAUGAGGGUUUUUUUUUUUUUUUCAGUUGGCGGUGGGGGGGCUUCUGUUAUGAAUUAGGAAAUGUGGAGAUUUAGAAAGUGUUUGAAGGGGAGUAUAGGAUUUCAGGAAACUGGUCUUUUGGGGCAUGUGUGAGGUUGGGAGAUUGCUGUGUGUGUUGGAGUAGUCGGUAGACGUGGGAUUUGUGAGGCGUUCCUUGAGAUUGGGGCCUUCUGUGCUAAGGGGAUAUUUAUAGAUUUUAUUUAUUCACGAGAGACACACAGAGAGAGGCAAAGACAUAGGCAGAGGGAAAAGAAGGCUCCCUGCGUGGAUCCUGAUGCGAGACUUGAUUCCAGGACCCCAGGAUCAUGAUCUGAGCCAAAGAGAGCGCCAGAGAAGGCGCACGAGCUGGGGAGAGAAGCAGAGGGAGAGGGACAAGCAGACUCCGUGCUGAGUGCGGAGCCCGACGCAGGGUUCGAUCCCACGAUCCUGAGAUCACGACCUGAGCCGAAACCAAGAGUCAGAUGCUCAACCGACUAAGCCACCCAGGCAGCCCAAAGAGCUGAUUUCUUAAGGGCCUGGCUGGCUCCUCUCACCUCAGAUUUUCUUCUUCUGCCCAGCCUACUUCAUUCCUUCCUCCGUGGGCUCAAGUAGCCAUAGCUGUGGGCAGGGCUGGGAAUUCUUGUCUUUUUAGGAACUGGCUACUGGGUGAGCAAAUGGAAGAAGGAGGAACUGUUAGUUGGUACUUUCACUUAAGUUCAGGGUUAUGGCAGCAGGAGGCCUCUGGAUCAUGAGUGGAGGCAGUUGGGCCAUGUAGUAUGACCUGCAGGGUUGGAGCAAGGUGCUAGCUUUAGUUACAUUCUGGGUGUUUAUUUUAUUUUAUUUUGUUUAUAGAUAUUUUACUUAUUUAUUUAGAGAGACAGUGAGUGCAGGCAGUGCGUGCAUGGAAGGGAAGGGGUAGAGGGAAGGGGAGAGAAGCUCAAGCAGACUCUAUGCUGAGUGAGGAGCCUGACGUGGGGCUUGAGCUCAGGACCCCGAGAUAAUGACCUGAACCAAAACCAAGCCGCUCAACCAGCUGUGCCACCCAGGCCUCCCUGUUCUGGGUGUUUAAAGACCAGCUCUCAUUCCCUCUAUAAACCCUCCAUUUGCUCACCUGUGCAGUGGGGCAGGAUUAGAGUUCUUAGUGGGCUAAUUUGGUCUGUCUCCUCAGAAGUUAAAGUUGGGGUGGUAGGAAGAGGGCAGGCUAGUCCCCCAAGACCCCAACCUUCUCUUCCCUGUCUCCAGGUAGCCUGUGGAACCUCCCCUGACCAUCCAGGUCCUGCGAUGCAGUGAACCCCUGCUUGUCUGCCACCGUUCUCCAGAAUGGACCGCAGCAGCCUCCUGCCCUUCCAGCUGUGGUGCCCCCGGCCCUUUGGCACCUACUCGCAGAACCAGCCGCGCCCACCUACUGCAGCCCUCAAGCCGUCGGCCUGCCCAGAGCCAGGCAGCGGGGCUGAGCCAGACCACGGGCCUGCCCACUCAGAGAACACCCCGCCUGCCUUGGCCACAGAGGCCCCUGCCUCCCAGCCUGCUCCACUCCUCUCAGCAGCUGCUGCUGGCGAUGAGGGCCGAGUCCUGCUGGACACGUGGUACGUCAUCAAGCCCGGGAAUACAAAGGAGAAGGUGGCCUUCUUUGUGGCCCACCAGUGUGGUGGGGGCAGCCGGGCCAGCUCCAUGAAGGUUAAGGGGCACUGGGGCAGCGACAGCUCCAAGGCCAAGCGGAGGAGGCGCUGUCUUGAACCUACCAAGGCUCCACCGGACCCAGGGGGCCCAGAGGGGCCCCCCGCUGCUGAGGGGGCCCCAACCUCAACUGGUGAGGACGUCGACCUGCUCUCUGUGGCUGAGAUGGUAGCCUUAGUGGAACAGCGGGCCGCCUUGGCCCUGCAGAACUACCCUCGCCCCGGCACCCCGGCGCCUGUGGUCUUUGUGUCAGCUGAGCAGGGUGGGCCUGCCAAGGGGCUGGGAUCUGAACGGCGGUCUGGUGGUGGGGACUGCAGCCGUGUGGCCGAGGCGGUGGCCCACUUCGAGGCCCAGCGGGACAGCCCUCCAUCCAAAGGCCUCCGCAAAGAGGAGCGUCCUGGGCCAGGUCCAGGGGAGGUGCGCAUUGCCUUCCGCAUUUCCAAUGGCCGAGAGCCCCGUGCACCCGAUGGCAGCUUGCCCAACGGGAGUGGGGGCCGGCCCGGUUGUGCCUACCCUGGCAGCCCAGGCCCCGGGGCCCGAGCCAAGGACAAGAUCACCUGCGACCUGUACCAGCUCAUCAGCCCCUCCCGGGACGCCCUGCCCAGCAACGUGGAGUUCCUUCUGGCUCGGGCGGAUGAAGCCAGCGAGGGGGAGACGCCAGUCCCUGCCAGGCCUGAGGACACUCCCCCAGCACCCCCUCCACCCCCUGCCCGGGACUGCGGAGCGUCAGGCUUCCAUGUGGAUGUGGUGGUGACGGGUGUGGUGGACGAAUGCAUCUUCUUUGGCAAGGAUGGCACCAAGAACGUCAAAGAGGAGACGGUGUGCCUGACGGUCAGCCCUGAGGAGCCGCCCCCACCUGGCCAGCUUUUCUUCCUCCAGUCCCGUGGUCCAGAUGGGCCCCCUGAGCCACCCCCGGCCGACUCACCAGCCACCGCACCAGGCCCGGAUGAUGCCGAGGGGACAGCAGACACCUCUCUGUGCCGCCUGUACCGGCACGUGUCACACGAUUUCCUGGAGAUUCGCUUCAAGAUCCAGCGGCUGCUAGAGCCGCGACAGUACAUGCUGCUGCUGCCCGAGCACGUGCUGGUGAAGAUCUUUAGCUUCUUGCCCACGCGGGCCCUGGCAGCCCUCAAGUGUACCUGCCACCACUUCAAGGGCAUCAUUGAGGCAUUCGGUGUGCGGGCCACAGACUCACGCUGGAGCCGCGACCCACUGUAUCGCGAUGACCCUUGCAAGCAGUGCCGCAAGAGAUACGAGAAGGGUGAUGUGUCGCUCUGCCGCUGGCACCCCAAGCCCUACCACCACGACCUGCCUUAUGGACGUUCCUACUGGAUGUGCUGCCGCCGAGCUGACCGCGAGACGCCUGGCUGCCGCCUGGGUCUGCACGAUAACAACUGGGUGCUGCCCUGCAAUGGGCCAAGUGGCGGCAGUAGUGGUGGCGGUGGUGGCAGCACUGGCAGCAGUGGGGGCCGGGCUGGCCGGGAGGAAGGGAGGUGAAGCCGGGGGAGGGGAGGGGAGAGCCCACCAUGCCCACCCCUCCCCCCUCCCCCGGGAGCUGAGGGCCAGAACUGGGUCACCAGCCUGUGCCCCCCAGUCCGGGCAGUGUUGAUCCCCACCCCCUCCAGAACUGAGAUGGGGUUCCGGGGGAUGAUUGAGAAAGCACUCUGAUCAACUGACCCCUAUUGAUUUUCUACUUUUCAGACCCAGGGCCAUGGACCCUCAAGGAGGGUGUUUUUUAUCAGCAUCUCAAUUUCUCCUCCAUUCAGCCCCAACCCCCUCCCUGCCACUCUCCACCCCAGGGACCCACCAGCAGGGAGCAGAAGGCAGCUAAUUUUGGUACUCCGCAAGGGUUCCCCCAUUCUGGCCCCCUCCCGCCCCCUCCCCCAGGUCUCUGUCUCUGGAGCCAUGUUCUCCCUCAAGAGGCUGCAGCAUGCAAGGUUGGCACCUUUCCUGACCCACCACACCCGGGCUCACCUCUUUAGGAAUUGGGGCCCACGGGAUCACAGAUCAGAUGUGGCGGCCCUUUUCAUGGCAGCCUGCCAUUUCUAGACAUUGGCUCCAUUAAAACAAUAAAAAUCAUUGUUUUCUUCUUAACCUAAAGCUACCAGUUUCUUCACUUCCCCCAAAGGGGAAGAGAAGGGGAAAAAGAAAUUGAAGUAUAGAUUCCCCUCCCCCAUCACUGAAGCUCUUAUCAUCGCUUCUUCCCUCCCCCAAAAAGCUGUGAAGCCCUUUGCCUCGCUCUUGACAGCGUGGGGGGCCGGUGGGCAGGGACUGUGAGUUUGCAUCUCUGGAUUGUUUUUCCUUCCACUCUGGGUACUCAUUCAGGUGUGGGGGUCUCUCCAGCCUCAGCCAUACAUGUUUCUUCAGAAUCCUUUGGUCAACGGAGACCUUGAUUUUCAGGCAGUUUGGUCUGGGGUGUUUUUGUUUGUUCUGUUUGGGGUUUUUUGUUUUUGUUUUUUUUUUUGUUUUGUUUUGUUUUUCAUCCUUGUGGUUCUGGAAGCUUCUGGUGUGUGGCAUCUGACCAGUUUUGAAUUGGUCCUUUCUAUAAAAUUGAUAUUUAUAAGGC